CACGUACCAGGGAACAGGUUUACAGUUUUUCGGCUCCCUGAGGUUCAGCUGAAUUAAUUAAAAAAGUUUAUGUUUUAGUUUUCUUUUCUGAAGAUUUCGAGAGUGAGCGAAAUGUUCCGCCUAUAACGGACCGACUUCCGGUCGAGAUUCGCUCAUCUGUUUUCCAAGUGUGUCAGAGAAAAGUCGAACCAGAAAAAAAUUAAUACCGGGAACAAAAGAACAACAAACCCUGGGAUACCAACUGGAAAAUUCAAGUUAAUGUGAUGGAAGGAUUCGGGAAAGCCAUCCUUCCGGUUCUUUUAUUGGUAACCGUGUGGUCACCGACAACCCAAGCUCAGGCAGUCAUCAAUGCGGGUGGCCCACAAAAUCCGAAGCUGCUGGAAGAGGUAGCCUGCCCGGAGCUUAGGACGCUGUGCCCGAGUGUGCCGGAAACUGCCGGGGAUCUGAAGGCCCUGGAGUGUGUCCAGAAUUUGCCGCAGGAACGGGUCGAUGCGCUCAGCGAGGACUGUCAGCAUCUGAUUUGGGCCCACACCUCGGCCCUGCUGGACGACCGGAAUGUGCAGCGGCUGAUACAGAAAGGUUGUCCGAAGCACUACGACAAGUUCCCCUGCACACCGAGCGCGGAUCUUCCGGGUCAGUAUCUGUCCUGUAUAAUCGACCAUCGGGAUCAGGUCAAGGGAAACGGGUGCCGGGAAUACAUUCAACGUCUAGAGUACGUAGCUUUCUCCGAUUACCGACUAAUAGGGCCGUUCCUCAAGGAUUGUACCCGGGACAUCGAAACCCUGAACUGUGGUCGCCUGGUCAACGAUAACAAAAAAGUUUCCCAAGGAGAAACGAUCGCCUGUCUCCAAAGCCAUCUGGACACUUUAAGUGAAGUUUGCCGCAAGGGAGUGCUGCAUCUGUCCGAGAUUCAGGUCGAGGACGUAAAGCUAGAUAAGCCGCUGUUCCUCUCCUGUGCCGUUGAUGCAAUUCGAUUUUGUCCCUCGAUUCCGGCCGGGUCCCAGCUGGUUUUGAAAUGUUUGAUGAAAAAUCGAAACGAUGCCGCCAUGACCGACCAUUGCCAAAAACAACUGCUUCGUAGAGAGAAGUUGAUUGCCCACGAUUAUAAGCUCAGCAAGGGUUUGACGAGGGCUUGCAAGGAAGACAUCAAACUGCAUCACUGUCGCCGGGGUGUUUCUGACGAUAAGGACGUGCGGUUGGCACAAAUUUUGCUUUGUUUGGAAGGCGUUCAGAAGAACAACACUAAGCUGAGUCAGGAUUGUGUGGUCGAAAUCAACGACCACCGACGAAUGCUGAUGGAAGACUACAAACUUUCGCCGGAAAUUCUAACUGGAUGUGCUGGGGACAUUGAUAAGUUCUGCAGCAAUCUAGAUGCCGGAGGCAAGACUAUCCACUGUUUGAUGGAUCACGCUCGACCGAAGAAAAAGAAGGAACGACGCGUCACUGAAGUUUGUCAACGUGCUCUGGAAACUCUGGUCAAAGUUGCCGAUGCAGGCGAGGACUGGCGGGUUGAUCCGGUGCUUAGGCAGGCCUGCAAACCGGUGGUGGAUGUAGCCUGCUCCGAUACUGAAGGAGGUGAUGCACGAGUUAUGUCCUGUCUGAUGGAAAAGUUGGGUACCAAUUUCAUGAACGCCGAUUGCGAAUCCGCCCUGCUACAGAUUCAGUACUUUGUGGCCCGGGAUUUUAAAUUGGAUCCGCAGUUGUACAGAAACUGCAAGGACGAUGCCAUCAAAUUUUGUCGGGCGAAAAAAACUUGGGCCGAUUUGGACACGGCUCAGAUGGAUCCGGAACGAGGUCCCCUGAUCCUGCCUUGUUUGCACCGGUACGCCUAUCACCCGGAGAAGGACUUGCAGCUGAAGCAGGAAUGCUUCCAGGAAGUCAAACGCGUAAUGCGGCAGCGAGCCCGAUCGGUCGAUCUUAUUCCGGAAGUCGAAGAUGAGUGCAUUGACGAUCUCUCCUACUUUUGCUUCGACAAAACAGGAAAAGGCGAAGAAAUGCAAUGCUUGCAGGAUAACCUAGACAAACUUGCGCAAAAUUGCAAAAACGCCGUGGUUCGUUUCACAGAAGAGGAGGCCGCUCACGUAGAACUGAACCCGGUAAUAAUGGCCGUUUGUGGGGACGCUAUGCAGAAACACUGUUCCAACAUUCUUAAAACCGGCAAAGACGAGGGAGAAAUGAUGGAGUGCUUGAUAAACUACAAAAACUACGCAGAUAUGAGGGUCGACACCAAAUGCCGCGCCGCUAUCGAACAUUUCCAGAUCAUCUCACUUAAAAACUAUCAUUUCACCUAUAAAUUUAAGGAAGCCUGCCGCCCGUACGUGACCCGCUUUUGCCCGCGCAGCAACACCAAGUACGACGUCGUCGCUUGUCUGAGCGAGGUGAUGCGCAACGAUACCAUCAAGGAGGCGAAACACUCGAUACCGAAGGAGUGCCGCAAGGAGGUCCGGGCCCAGCUGUACCAGCAGCGGGAAAACAUCGACUUCGAUCCGCUGCUGAAAGAUGCCUGCCAGGCCGAGAUCGCGAAGCUGUGCUUCAACGUGCCGCACGGAUCCGGUCAGGUGAAUAAGAACAAUGUCCUGGAAUGCUUGCAAACCAGCCACGACAAACUGGGAGCCAAGUGCCAGCACAUGUUGUUCAACGUGAAAAAAUCGGAACUGAGCGAUAGCUCAACGGACUACAUGCUCAUCAACACCUGCCAGGAGAUGAUCCAUCAGUACUGUCGCGACACGGAUCCCUCCAAGGUGCUGGGCUGUCUGAAAAUUCACAAAGACGAGAACCUUUUCGACGAGAAGUGCCACCUGGUGGUGGUGAACCGAAUGAUCGAGCAGAACCUGGACUAUCGGUUCAAUCCAACGCUGCAAACGGCCUGCGCCAAAGACAUCGCUCAGUAUUGUACGGAAAUCGUGGCCGGGGCCAAGAAUAACGAGGAGCUGGAUGGGAAAGUGGUGGCCUGUUUGAAAGUUAAAUUCCGGGAGGCUAAACUGCACGCCGAAUGUGAGCGGCAGAUGACCGAGGUUCUGCAUGAACAAGCCUUGAACUACAAGUUGAACCCGCUGUUGCAAAGUCUUUGCAAGGCAGAGAUUGAGGUGCUGUGCGCCGAGGCCGUCGAAGCCGGAGCCGUGGAAGAUCACGGGAAGGUGGAGGAGUGUCUGAAGGAGGCUUUUUUGCAGCAACGGAUCCAAACUCGAGCCUGUAAGGUUGAAGUUGCGGAACUGGUGCAAGAAGGGCAAGCUGAUAUCUAUGCUGAUCCCAUGCUACAGCGUGCUUGUGCCGUGGAUCUACUUAAGUACUGUUCCAACGUUCAAAGUGGAAACGGAAGAUUGCUAAAAUGUUUGGAAAUCAUCCUUCAGGAUGAAUCGAAGGCCCUGGACGAUGACUGCAAAAAGACUCUCAUGAAUCGAAUGGAAAUGUUCCGUAAUGCUGCUUUGGUCCAGCCCCAGGCGGAAAGUUUCGGGCAGCUGUACAACCAGGUGGUAACGUCACCCUCCAAACACUACUUCGCUCUGGUUUUGUUCAGCUUCGUUGGGUUCGUGUUCAUUUUCGGGCUGCUGUGUGGCCGUGUGUCCCGCCGAACGGUUGCCGCCAAAAAUAAAUAGUCCCCGGUGUCAGCGUCGGCGUCGGCAGCGUCGUUGUUGGCAGCCUCUUGCUGCUGUACCCGAAGAGGGCAGUACCGGGGAGGUUGCUGCUUGAAGUUGGCACCUAGGCGAGUGCCACUGCUGCUGCCACGGCACAAUCGACGACGACAAUCCGCUACCCCGGUCCGUGGUAACCCGGUGGCGUAUCUUUAGAAAGAAUACCGCGACGGGCAGCGCUUAAGGUAAGACGAAUGUUUGUGCCACGGAAUCGAUUAGAAAUUUUGGUCAGUACUGUCUUGUCCGCCACUUUUAGGCAUCUGUGUUAUAUAGAGUUUAGUUUACAUAAGAUUUUCUCGAGUCAAAAUUCUGAAACAUUAAUAACGGCUCCGUAGCGGCUUGUUCUAGUUUUAUUCUUAUUCAUACAAACAAUGACCGUUUAUGUGAUGUCGGUAUUUUUUCCGCUCCUCCGUGUAAUAUAUUAGUUAGGUGAUGUCAUUUUCAAUUAUUGUGUGCAUUAUUUGGACAUUUCAGUUUGAGUUGAUCAAACUGCUUUCGCUAAUGCAUAUCUCAGAGCAGCUACCAUACUAUAAGUAAGAUUUAUUAUUCACUUCCCUUUCUCUCUUUAAAAACUUAUAUGGCAUUCUAACGUGAGAGUAGCCUGCGUUUGGGGAACGUAAGAAAUUUGAUGAAACCACUAAUCGUAGCAUUUGAGAACGGGGCAGAUUGAAAAAUGAAAACACAUGGAACGGACCCCCUUAGAAGACAAUUUUAUACACCCAAAAUAAUUUUAAAAUUUUUUCUACGGGAUUUUUCACGUAAAUUUAGAUUUUGUGGCAUCCUAUCGAUUCUACGUGAGUUUUGUGUAACCACAGAGUAUCAAGGAUGCUCUCGUAAAAGUUACUUUACUUUCACAUAAUUUACACAUGAAUUUCACGUAAAUUCCAAGCGGGUGGUAGUGAUAAUAAAUUCUUAUUCGAAAAGGGACUUCUUAUCAGACAGCUUACUUGUUUUUUUUUUGUCGUCGAAACACGGGGCCUUAGCACAAGCAAUGUAAAUCCGAGCGUUGACAGCGUGGAGGUAAGUGUAUAUUGAUUUCCCCGUCGGAAAUUGAUUCAUUUUACGCUGAGAUUUGUGUUUGUUUCCAGCUUCGGAGAAAGCUUCUGGAAGCUCCACCGAGUAGAAAACGAACGACCGUGAGAAGGAGCCGUCGGCAUCGAGGAGACGAUCCCAUUCAAGUAGAUAUCGCAGGUGUUGGAGGUGUAUUUCAAGUGGCAAUGGAAGGGCGCACAAGGUAAAUUAUUCAUCAAUUAAACAGUUUCAUUCUUAUUUAAAAAUUUUUUUUGUUUCCACAGGAUUCCACAUAGCAAGAAGUCCCGGAAUUGAGUUUUCUAAGUGUACGUGUAUGAACAGUAAUGGUAGUUGAAAUAAAUUUUGUUUGCGAUAAAAUUAUUUUUUUUUUACAUUAUUACCGAAAGUAGAGACGAAAAAAUAUCAAUAGAAAAGAUUCAAACGUCAUUUCAAUACUAAACACAUUUCACGAAGCUUCCAUCAUCACAUCGCGUUGAACUCACUUGAAAUUCACGUAAGUUGCACGCGAUAUUCACCAUGCAAAAAUUCCUAUUAGGGAAGCGUUUACUUAUUUUUUUCGUUCAUUUUACGUGAAAAUCAAUUGGAUAAAAAUUAUGAAGUUUUUCACGUAGCCCCGACGUGCGGAUUAUUUUGGGUGUACAUACCGGUAGAUUUUAACUGAUACAGUAAGAUCAAACUCAAAGAAAUGAAUUAAUAGACAGUUAUAGAAAAAAGU